AUGGGUUCCACCCAAAAAGAUGAAAUUUUCAUCAAAGUUCAUGGACCAAUCAUUGUAGGAGCUGGACCAUCUGGUAUAGCAGUAGCAGCUUGCCUGAAAGAAAAUGGCAUUCCUUCUCUUGUUCUUGAGAGAAGUGAUUGCAUAGCGUCUCUAUGGCAAUACAAAACCUAUAACAUUGUGAAACUCCAUCUCCCCAAGAAACUAUGUGAGCUUCCAUUGCUAGGGUACCCAAAGAAUUUCCCAACAUACCCCACUAGAGACCAGUUCAUUGCAUACAUAACGGCUUAUGCAGACCACUUCAAAAUCAAGCCAAUGUUCAACCAGACAGUAGAGAGUGCUGUUUUUGAGUUUGAGCGUGGGGUUUGGAGGGUGAAAACACAAGACAGUGGGUAUGAAUCACGGUGGCUGGUGGUGGCUACCGGCGAGAAUGCUGAGGCUCUAGUGCCGGAGAUUCCAGGGUUAGAGACGUUUGAGGGACCCCUUCUGCAUGCAAGUGAGUAUAAGAAUGGAUAUGAGUUUAAAGACAAGAGGGUUUUGGUUGUUGGAUGUGGGAACUCUGGCAUGGAAAUUAGCUUGGAUCUUUGCAAUCACAAAGCGAUUCCUUUUAUUGUGGUUCGAAGUUCUGUUCAUGUUGUGCCGAGAGAAAUGUUUGGAUUCUCAACGUUUGGAGUAGCUAUGACACUUCUCAAAUGGCUACCUAUUAAGCUCGUGGACAAGAUAAUUCUGUCUAUAACCAAGCAUAUUCUUGGAGACAUAGAUAAAUUCGGCAUUCGACGCCCAAAAACAGGUCCGAUGGAGCUCAAACUCACAAGCGGAAGGACUCCGGUUGUUGAUGUUGGAGCUUUAUCGGAAGUCAAAACCGGGAACAUCAAGGUGGUUGAACAAGGAGUGAAAGAAAUUAGUAAGAAUGGAGUCAAAUUGAUGGAUGGGCAAGAACUCGAGUGUGAUUGCAUAGUGUUGGCAACUGGUUAUAAGAGCAACGUGCCAUCUUGGCUCAAGGGAUGUGACUUUUUUACUGAUAAAGGAAUACCGAAAACCCCGUUUCCAAAUGGUUGGAAAGGAGAAAACGGAUUGUAUGCAAUAGGGUUUACUAACCGAGGUCUUUUCGGGGCUGCAUAUGAUGCCACUAGAAUUGGGAAGGAUAUUAACAAAGAGUGGUGGGCAAUGGAUGACUUCGAGUUUGAGUUUCCUUCAUAUUAG